CCUGAAGCAGACUCAGUCAAUUCCAUCCUAGGCAAGACGCGGGCCCAGCUGCAUCUUGAGGUGGAACGCAGGAAGGAGAUGAACCUCGAGAUGAACAACCUCCGGAAUAAACUGAAGACGAUGGAGGGGGAGAAAGAGGAUGGUAGACGGCCCAGAGAACUAGCGAGGAAGAUAAAACUACUGGAAGAGCAAGUGCAAUACUUGGAGGGGAGGUUGGACACCUGCAGACAGGAGGGCGCCUUCAAGCUGUCAUCGAUAGAAGGGCUUCUUGGCAACGAGAACGGCAAACUCAAGGCCAGAGAAAAAGACCUACGGAGGAAACUACAACGCGAGAGGGAGACCAACAAACAGCAGACAGAGAGAGUCAGUGACCUGACUAUCGAACUUAGGAAGAUUCAAGAGGAGUCGAAAAAGCAUGAGGUCCACCACGCAGGAUGGAUGAAAUACGUCAGGUUACCAGACCAAGGGGAGUGGCCGGCGAUCAAACUCGACACUCAACAGAACAAGAAGGCACUCAGGCACAUCUUCGAGCAGGUUGAGAAGGAGGGUGGACCGCCCGUCAACCUCGAUCCCUCGCUGUUUCUGCACUGCGUCAUCCUCUUUCUCUGGUGGAAGCGAGAAGCGACAGUCAAGAUGCUGGAAGAGAAUGAGGCAAUCUCCGGGAAAAAUUCUAAGAACUUUGAGAUCGAGGAGCUCCGUGGUCUCAACACAGCCCUUCAACAACGAGUGAGGGCGCUGGAGGAUGCCCUAGGAGAUUGCAGGGUGGAGAGACAGACCUUUGAGACAACAAUAUCCACAAACUUGAAUCAGCUCUUGAAAGACAAAUACGAUCUCAGCAACAAAGUUGCUCGUCUUGAGGACACAGUGUCCGCGUUACAUCUUGAUAACAACCUGCUGCGUGCUGAGGUGAAUGACAAGUCGGCCAGCCAGCAAGCCAAGAUGAACUUGGAUGAGUUGACGGCUGAACUGAAAUCAAGACUGCAAACGUCAGAGUCCGAGCUCCGAGAAACACGCCUCCUAAAAGAACAGAUGGAAAUCGAUACGAGACAGGCAUCCAAACGUCUCCAAACGCUGGAGCAAGAUGCUCGGAUCCAGGAGACCGUCUGUAAAGAGCACACGGAGAGGAUGGCUAGCAAUGAUGCCAGGAGGACAGAGCUUGAGACGAUGACGUCAGAGUUUCAGGCACAGAUAUGGUCUUUGCAGCAUGAUCUCCAAACUCUCGAGGAAUCCCGCAACAUUCUCAGCAAAGAACGAGAUUCGUUCCUUGGUCAGCUGACCAAGGCGCUUGACCAAUCAGAUGAAUCGAGGGAGAAAAUCCGAGAGCAAGAUUAUCAAAUAAAACAGAUAAUAAACGACCAAACUCACAAAACGGAGGCGUUAAAACGAAACGAUGAGGUGAUUGGCAAUCUCCGACGAGAUCUGGCCAAUCACAGAGAAGCGCAGGUCAAACUCAUUGAAGAGAAGGAAAAGAGGCGGAGCCUGGAGGUCAUCUCAACCAAUCACGAGAGACUUGUCAGGGAGAUGGAGGAGAGAAUGCGCAAUGAGGAGGUGGACAGUGCGACGCUGUUAGCGGAGCUGUGCGGAGCACAGACGGAGGAGAGGGAGCGACUCGAGGAAAAGAUUGAGACCUUGGAGAUGGAAAAAGAGGAAAUGGUGGAUGUGAUCGAGACGCUAUCAAACGACAAGGCAGCUCUCCGAGCCGACACCCAACGGCUGAAACUGGAACUUGAGCGAGUGUCCGAGAAAUUCCACACAGUCAUCAAGCGGCAGGCACUGCGCGUACUGCACCCGCCGGACCAGGCGGCACGGAUGCCCGGUGUAUAUACCGAUGCGUGGACGACAACCGACCCGGUAAUGAAGCGUGAUUACCCGGUCGGCGAAGAUGAACGAGAUGGAUCGGGAGAUAGAAGGACGAGGGAGUUGGAGGAGUUGAUUGACUUGCUGGUGACGGUGAAGGGCUCGGCGUUCUCUAGACUGAUACUCGGAGGUAUGGAAGGAGGUGUGUCGGGAUUCCAAGACGUCCAGGACGGAGAUGUAGAAGGAUUUGAAGAUCCUGAGGAAACAAGGAUGAACACUGUUCUCACCUUCGAUGAGCAACUUCGAUCGGGGGAGAUCAGACGAGUUCAGCGGGACAUCGUCACCAAACUGCAAGCGCUUGCCCUGAUGAUGAAAGCGAGGCAGAAGUUGAUGGUGCAAGGACAUCUUGGACGAGACGUGAGAGAGGUCAAAGGUCAUGAUGACACAGAUGAAAAAUCACACGAAAACAGUGACCAUGAUUACCCCGAGUUAGUAAACGAACCAUUGAUCACAAAGGAAGAGCGAUCGUUACUCUACAGUCCGAAUAAGCCGAAUGUUAGAGACAGUGCUGCUGUCAAGGAAAACCUUCGACUGACAAAUGUACCGAGUCCUGAGGUAGUGGAUAGAGCGAAGAAAGCAUCUGAACAGCAGCAAUCACAAUCUCCAGAAGAAAUCGAUUCUAGACGCACGUUAAUUUCAACCCUUUGCCAGGAACAAGAAUCCGAUCAGAGUUCUUCCGAGUCUGAAAACGAAGACCUGUUGUCUACUCUUGAAAGAGAGCGAGAACGACUGAAGAAGGAGCUGGCCGAAAUUAAAGACACGGAGGCUCGGGUGCAGGAGCAUUUGGUACAAGAGGAGGAGGCCCACAGGUUGUAUCUAAAAACAGUCAGUGAGUACGAAGAGGAGUGCGUCAGGAUGCAACAGGAGAAGGAGGAGCUUCUAAGGGAACCUUCGGUUGAUGAUAACCUUGCUGAGGCGAGCAUUGAUGGAAGACUAUCUACUCUGGAUCUGGAACUCGAGAAGAUGUUCCUGGAAGAGUUGGAGAGUUUAAAGGCGGAAAAUGAGCUUCUCAUGUCAGAACGAUUCGAGCAGCAGAUGGUUUUUGAGAGCCUGGAAGAAGCCAGACAAGAUAGUCCUCUGACUCCUUCAAAACCUAAAGAGGAGCUGCCUCGUAAACGGAGAGAGACAGGGGACUACAUACUUGGUUUAGAGGACCAAGCACAGUCGGAAACAGCAUCUUUAGAACCUGACACAGAAGCGCAGGUUUCAAAAAGUCAACUAGGAGCAGUUGCAGAACAACCCGAGGAACACUUCAAAAGGGUGCAUCCGGCAAGUUUGCAGUACGUCAAUGACAAUUCGGUGGACGCUCGUUACCAAAGUCCCAGACCAGAAGACCGAAUGCCUUACCAGCAAAAUCGAUCCUUGAGACAACAACCACACAUUGAAGGCUUCAUAAACCCAAGUCAGAAAGACAAAACUUUUAAUGAAUUAAGCACAGCUUUGCAACAAAUGCAUACACAACAAGCAGAGGGCGGAAAUCUUCAAGAGUUACGAGCUGAUCAGUUCGUAGCUGAGGAUAAAGCCAGUGAUCACCAAGAGCCGGGAGUUCAUUCACUGAGGUCAGAAGUGUCACUGUCAUUGGAUUACAACCCUCUCAAUUUUUUGUCUGAAUUCGAGAAGCCUGUGAAGAAAACUUUGGUCAGCCGACAAGAAGUGCCCAUCCGCAGUGCCCUUGAUGCUCUCGAACAGACACGCAGGCAACUCAAACAUCAGAGGUCACAGGACGGAGAAGUCAACCAUUCGAUCAAAGACAACGGACAAAUCAUGUCGUCAAUCGGUGAAUCAAGAGACAAACCAGAAGCAGAUCAGUGUCAGGAGCAUUACACCUCGGAGUCAAGGCAGCAAGAAGAAAUGCGACCCACCUUAGGAAAUCUCAGUCGGCAGAAUGCAGUGAGCGGACAGAGUCAUGAGCAAGAACGGAACACACUCAGAAGUCAACAUUUGAAGGGAUCGGACACCGAAGGACGGAGACUGAGAUCUAGACAACCGCAGAACAGCAGCAGUCGUGAACCAAAUGCUCGAUCAAAACGACAUCUGCAAAAACAAAGAACUGUUGGUGAGUCAAAUCAACCGAGUAGCUUCCCCACAUCAGACUGCAAUAGCAUUCAUCUUGGCAUCCAAAGAAACACUCGGGAUUCGUGUCAAGUAUUUGAUCCCGAGGCAGUUGAAGGAAAAGACAACAGUGCCCAAAUGUUUACAGACGACGGUGAUCACAGAGAGCAGUCCGAUUAUCAAGAUGAUUUGAAACGUUCUCCAAAUGACAAAGAUGAUAUUGGAAAAUCUAGGAAGAGAGUGGUUCAUGAAGUAGGUGUUACACCAGACAGAGAAUCUGGAGGAUUUGAAAACUUUAGAAGUCGAGAGAAGGCAGGUGUUUUGGGUAAAGCCUCCAUGGGGUCUCAAUCGAUCAAUGCACUAUUGUCACAACAGGACAACAAGCAAGUAGUGAUGACUAAACCAACUCAAAGCUCGAGGAUGGUUUCAGGUGAUUCAAACACUAAAGGAGUAAACGAUAAAAAGCAAAUAUUGAGGGGCAGAAGGAUCCCAGACAAACAAAGAGAAGAGGCUGUCGCUUUUAGUGACCAAGAUCAACAAUAUGCAAAUCCACUGCGCAAACAGCAGGGUAUCCCAAAUCUGCCAAAGAACAUGCAAGAUGACAAGACCUCGUCAAAGGACAGCCAAAGUUGCACCCAGCAGGUUGAGAAAGAGCUGUCAGAGAGUCGAGCAGCUCUUCUGGAGUUGUACAAAGACAGACAGACCUCGCAGGAUCAGCUGACGGCAGCCUUGCAAACAGAAGUGAAAUUACAAAAGCUUGUUGACAGCCUGCGGUCCAAAGUUGAUUGCCUACAAGUAAGUAUGAAUAAAAGUGCCGAGCUCGUGACAUCGUUGGAAGCUGACAAAGAGUAUUUAAGGAGUAAUCACACUGCUGCUCAGGAAGAGCGGAGACGCAUUCAAGAGCAUCUUACUAGAGUUAACAAGAUCAACAAAGAACUCGAAGAGAAGCUAAAAUCAAGCAGUAAGCAAGGUGAACUCUUGAAAAAGAAGCACGACACGAUGAAGAAACGGUAUGCAUCAGAGACCGACAAAAACGUUGAACUAAAAAGACAAGUUAUCAAGUUACAAAAGGCUGCUGAAGAGAGUGAAAGUCCAAUCGUUAAAAUUGAUCGCAGUGGAGACAGAAGCAGUCCAGAAGCUUACAAAUUGGUAAGAAAUAUCAACAGAGAUCAGGUCCAGGGUAAACUACAGAAUGGGCCUAUCAGUGAGUCUAGAGAGAAUAAAGAGUUGCGGUAUCAAUUAACCGAAGUCAAGCAGUCGGAAUCUAGCCUCCGUGUGGAAGUUGAAAGACUUCACAGACAGGCUGAGACUGCGCAGUCAUGCAUGCCCGAUGGCAAUGAGUUUCCGACUAGAGUUCAACAGGAAGGAGGCUCUAGUCUAGCAGCUGCCAAAGUGAAAGAGGCAAUUAAUCAAAGAGAUCUUCAGAGGUUGGAGACACAACUCGAAGCCGCUCAAAGACAAAUUCAAGACUUAAGCGACACAACUAGACUUCUUGAGAUUGAAAAUGAAAGACUUCAAACAAGGCGGAUGGCCGAAGCUGAGAAACGUCUUGAACUACAGAAAGAGAUUGCAGAAUUAAGAAGUGGGACGCCUCGCUUACAAAACAAGCCACUGACGGAAACAGCAAGCUUGGAAUACUCAAAAGAGGGAAGAAAGUCCAGACUCAACGACACCCAUUUAAAAAUGCAGCUGGGAGAACAGAUAGACAGAAUAGUUGACCUAGAAAAUGAACUUGACGAUAGUCAAGCCUUGAUAAAAGACUUAGAGCGAGAACGCAACAUCUUACAAGAUGAUUUCACCAAUGCGCUUCAGAAGCAAUCGCUGCUGAAAACGCAGAUGAGGAAAGUGGAGGACAGAUGCAAGCUUUUCACAAGCAAGUUAGAGGACAGCCAGGCUCAAGUCCAAUCUCUGAAGGACGAGAUGGAGGGAUAUCUGGAGCAAGAUUCCCAGGUAAGAGACGAGGAAGUCCGCCUGCUGAAAAGGAAACUGCGAGAGCUACGAGUCGAUUGUCAGCAACGCACUGGUGAGCUUGCCGAGGCGAAGCUCCGAGCCGAGAAUCUGGAAGCAAUUUGCAAGAUGCACUCAGACAAGCAGAAGAAAGAUGAAAUGCACAAGAUAAAACUUGAAGCUGAUUUACACGAACUGAAGGUGGAAAAUCAGGAGAAGACUAGACAGCUGUUACAGCUGGGGAAGAUGGAUAGCGACUUUGAUGAAGAAGCCGAAACAGACGAGGCAUUGACGGUGAUCGAUAGGAAAGACAGCGACCUUAGGUUUUUAAAGAAGAGAGCAACAUCGGUACGAUCCGGAAUGCAGCCCACAGCCUCAAAGCAAAGUAUGUCUGUUGCAUCCCAGCGGUCAUCAGGGUCAAAGAAGGAUAUAGGUUACAUGAUAUGUGAUGUCAACGAAGAAGAAUUAUACGGCAGAAACUCCAGACGAGAGGAACAAGAAAACAUAACAGAAGACCUGGAUUAUCAGAUUCAUGAUGUCAAAAAGGCAAUCCAGGCAAAUUUCAAGGGUUUAGAAUCAGCCCGUGCCGACAUUGUGGAAUGUUCAAAUCGGCUCCAGGAGCUACAGCAGAAAUGUGGAACAUCAGUCAGAGAUCUUCAGGAGGAGCUAGGAACACAGACAAACAACAUUAGCAGGUUGAGAGAAAGCACAGAGGCCAGACUGCAAGAGGCUGUCAGUAUGACCAAACGACUUACGCAGGAAAGUCAACAAGCUAUAGCCUCCGUGGUCGAAAAAGACUUGGCCCUUCGCCUGAAAGAUACCCAAGUAUCAGCUGGACAGAGGUUGGUGGAGAUGAGAAAACUUCUGGAACGUUCGAUCAUUGAGCAACGGAAGCAGGCGGCCUCGGUCGCCCAGCUCCAACAAAUCCAAGAGAAGGCCCUCCUCCAGCACAGCGCCCUCAAGAUCCGUCUAAGACAACAGAUGGAGAAAACGUCUGGCGCCCUCUCUAGCUGGGAAAGGGAGAGGCAGUCACUGAAGAGGCAACUCGGGGAGGCAUACAAAAGUUUGAAGCUGAUCGAGAGGCAAGUUAGUUCAGCAGUGAAUUCAUCCCAGAACUUGCCAGGUCUGGAGGAGGUACAAGACAGGUUGAUGAGCCAACAAGAAGGGCACAUGAGAGGGCUGGUCAGAAUGAUCCAAAAUUGUCCUUGUCAAAAACAGGAUGGGCCGAAAGUAAUCGGUGAAGGAAUCACUAUCAGCACACAGACAUUCAGAGACAAACAGAAACUACAACAGAAGACUGAUGCAAUGGAAUUGAAAAAGGCAAACCGGCAAAUUUCCUUUGACCUACAAAUAGCAAGUGGAUCUCUUGAGCUGAAUAAGAAGGAAUGUUGGAGAUUGCAAGAGUCCCUACAAGAUGCUUGUCUGAGGGAGACAGAGCUGACAAGCGCCAUCAGGCAACUCCAAGCCCAAGUCAAACUGGAAGUUGAGAUGCAGGCAAAGCUCGCCAAGAGAUCUGAAGACCAGGAGGCAGAGAUAUUCAGACUGAGAAGUGCCCUUGGAAGGCAGUCGUUUAAAGAAGACACAUCAACCAGCUUAAGCCAAGAACCAAGUGCUAAGUAGUUGAAUGAAAUGUUGACCGAUUUCAGCCGUGAGAUUCAGGGUCAUCUUGAGAGUCACAUGGAGAAAACGCAACUCCAAAAUGAGACAGAUGACAGAAAGAAGGUCCAGGAAUUGGAGUGGCAGUUAUCCAACAUGGACGCCCAGCGGUCCGUAGAUAAGAUCACUGUGCAGUCACUUACUGAUGAUAACCGAAGACUAAGAGCCAUGGUCUACAAACUCAGAGAACGCAUCGCCGAUAACCAAAUGUCUCAUUUCAAAGACAGCAGAAUGGACGGAGUGUACCAAGCCUUAGCCAGAGCCCAAGUGCGAGUCAUAGCCACAUCUAUGGCGGAUGGCACACAGACUGUACUCACGGGAGCUGAUGUGUAUGGCAACACAGCCACGACAAGCCUUGGUGCAAGCCGAUUGGCCGACAUACGUCACAUGGGCAGUGCAGGCAACAGUCUGGGGGAUUCCUAUGACUGAAUACGAGACUGGGCUAGCCUAGGGAAGCUGGUCCCAGAGUGCACAACAUUCUAUUCAAUAGAUUCAGAAUGGCUAUUCACUGGAAGUCUUUUCAAUGUAUUAGGUGUAAACAAUGGGUCGGAUUUAGCCCAUUGUGGGGUAUCCUAUACAAUAGCACUGCCCAACUGUCUUCGCAAGGUAACAACCAGGCUAAUCACAAUGACAGUCCUUCAUUCAAUCAGUCAAAAACAACAUAUGGUGGAUUUAAACAAUCUAGGAGUGUUUGGGAUAUGUAGGUUAGUUUCAUAUCAGAAAACAUAUGAACAUUCAAUUUACAUGUACUAUAACAUUUGCU